GAGUGUCGGAAGCACACAUUCACAGGUCACAGUGUUCGCCCUUGCAGGAUCGGUACAGAUCAUCAAUAGAAAAUUUGAGGCCAUCUAGCCUCAUGCCACAUGGCUGAAGCGGAAAGAAUAGCUGCUAGGUCAUUACAUGGCGCUUGCACUGCGAAAAGUUGUGUUCAGCGCUGUUGCGACCCCAGGAUGGACGCCGGAUCUGGUCAGCAUGUCAACUCGAUUGGGCGUGGGUGUUCGCAGCCUUACGGGAUUUGGAUUUCUGUCGAAACUGUGGGGCAAUCUAUUCAAAAAUCCAGAGGUCCAGGCUUUGACAGACAAGGUCAACGAAGCUAUCACAAUGCGCAAAGAAGACACAGCGGUCUUGUCGCGACAAGUGGAUGUCUUGCAACGCAAUUUAGCAUCCUUGCGUCGGCGCAAUGAGAAACUGAGUGAGCAGCUGGGUUACCUGAACGAAGUUGCCAUCAGGCAAGCUCC